AAUCCAAGCCAUUGACCAUAGGAGGAAGCAAGCGCAUUCAUUCCUACAAUUCAUUUCAUUCAACAAUUCCUUUCAUUCAUUUUACUAAUGUGAAAAGAAACAUGUAUGAUGUAUAAGUGAUUAGCUAACUGCAUGCAAACCGAAACAGGGAAAUAGGCUGUGGCAAGCCUGUAAGCUUUCACUUCCUGUGGGGGGAAAGUCCCCAAAACUCACAUACCUCAGAACGAUCUGUUCAGUGUCUCUCAAGCAGCGAUCAGAAUGGGCAACUGGAUAGAAAAUGAGGGACUUUCCAUAUUUGUCAUUGUAAGUACAAUAAUAAUUUUUAAUAAGACUAUUUUUCUUUCUUUCAGUGAUUGCCAUUGGUUUAUUAUCAUGCAAACUUCUUCAUCAAUAAAAGGUGUUUUUUAAAAUAUAUAUAAAAAAAUUAAAAUAAAGGCAUUGGGUUGUAUCCAACUACAUUCCACUCUGAAAUUAAUGUACCUCAGUGGAUCUAUUCUGUGUGUGACCAGCAUUAGAUACACAUCCUUAAUGUGAUGGAAAGGAAGCAUUCAGAAUGAGGAGAUUCAUCAAAAGGCUUGCAUAAGAAUGUUUGGUCUGUGAAAAAACAGCAACAUUGAAUUGAAAUGUAAGAAAAUAUUGUAGCUUUUUAAAAUGUUUAGUCAGUUUAGCUUGAUUGAAGGCAAUCAAUAAAUAACAAAAUAUUCAAUUGGAAGGGGCGGUAAACUAUGUCGGGCAUGGAAACCACAGCUUACAGAAGUCUUACAGAAGUUUUCCACCUUUCUGACGAAGUUCUUGAUGCUACCUUCCAACCAAAAAUCCAUUAAUGCGAUUAAUCUAGCCAUGGGUAAUAGAAGGGGCUCAAAGUCUCAGAAAGUAGAACUAUGUAUGAAUUUUUAGAAUCUGUGUUGUACACGGAUGAGUAGCUUUAAAUACAAUUUUUAUGUUAUUGUACAGUAUUUUCUUUAUGCACUUGGUUUUAAAUAUAUGUAACCUUUGUGUAUGUUCUGGAACUGAACAUCACUUUAAUAAAAAAUUUCUUACAAAUUUGAUAAAUAAAUUGGGGGGCUACACUGCACAUGAAAUAUAUACUAUCCCUAAUUUGCAAUUUACCACCUACAUUUUAAAAAAUGUUAUUAAAUAACAAUCUCAUUGUUUAAUAUGCACAGUGAUCACAUGGAACUGAUAAUUAUCAGACUGUUUGGAUUAAGUUGAACAAGAAUUGAUGUCAAAAUUCCUGAGAUGUUCAAACUAGUUUUGACAAAUCUUUGAAAAGUUGUGCUCGUCUCAUGUUAAAAACUGGUAUGAUUUAUGACUGGAGAAAGGGGUAUUUACCAGAACAUGGAAGAUUUCCUCAUAACCAUGGGUGUUUCAGGGCUAGUUCCACAUUUAACAAGACUUCUGUAAAGUUUUCUCUGGAGAAACAAAUUUCUGCAUCAAUGGGCUUCCUAGGGUGGCAGCAGGGUGGCCUUCCAUGCCAGGAAAGUUGUCACCAGCAUUUAAUAACACCCUUGAUGUGGCGAGGCUGUGUCAUUGGGCAUUGUUGAAAAUGCAAAUGGCUACCAUCACCACCACCCCGUCCCAGCUCCUAGGGCAGUUGUCAGUGCAGUUGAGAUCCUAGCUGAUUCCCAAGGGUAUUGUGAGCAUUUCCCUUUGCCAAAUAAUUUUAGAAAAUUAAUUUGAUCCAGUUCUGAUCAUUUGUUUUGUAUUUUAUGUUGUUUCAAUUAUUUUAUUGUAAGUUGCCAUGAUUUUUUUUUUAAUGAGUGGGUAGUUAUUAUUAUUAUUAUUAUUAUUAAUAAUAAUAAUAAUAAUAAAACACUCUGUUCCCUAGGAAGAACAGACUCAAAAGUGUUCCAGUUUAAGUGUUCCAGUUUAAACUCUUGAUUUCUCAGCAACUGAAAAUAAAUUAAGAUCAUACAUUUUUUCCCUUCAGAUUGUGUGGCUGGCUAUAAAUAUCUUCCUCUUCUGGUGGUACUACUUGGUAUAUGACCUUGGAAGGGAAUACAUCUAUACAAGAGAACUUCUUGGGGUAAGUACUAGAUGCAUAUUUACUGUAAAGGUAAAGGGUAAAGGGACCCCUGACCAUUAGGUCCAGUCGCAGACGACUCUGGGGUUGCGGCGCUCAUCUCGCUUUACUGGCUGAGGGAGCCAGCAUACAAGUUAUGUGACCAGCAUGACUAAGCCGCUUCUGGCUAACCAGAGCAGUGCAUGGAAACACUGUGUAUUUACUGUACACUGAUGUAUAUUUACUCUACCUCUGUCAAAAGAAUGUUAAUUUAUGCUGCAUCUCAGGCCUCCUUAACUGGGUGUAAGUAAGCCCCAUUGAAUUCAAUAGGACCUACUGCUGGGUUAGACACAGACCCCAUCUGCACUAGACAUAUGAAGCAGUAUCAUACUUUUUAAAAUAGUAAUGGCUACCCCACCCCAACUGUAGUUGGUUUCCAGGCAACUCUGAGAAUGCAUGAGAAAUGUGAGGAAAAAUUGAUUGACAUGACAUCAUAUCACCUCCCUGUAACAAGUUGGGAUAAAUGACCAAUAAACAGGUAAUCCUAGAGCAAUCGUGGUUUCAACUUGACUAUUCAAAAAUGCAGCAGUCUGGGAUGUUCCCACCCAUUCACUUUUAAGCAAUCAUAGAAGUUCCAGUAUGGCCACUUCCCUUCCUUGCUUCCAUUUCCCAUUUUCUUCUCUCACUUCUUGUCAGAAUCAACUACCAACUCAGCUGUGACUCUCAAAAAGAUGUUUGUUAUUUGGAAAUGACUGUGGUGAUUUGGCAAGGCCUCCAGAGAUCAGUUGUAGGAACAUUAUGCAAAGGUUCACCUUCAUGAUUCUUCUAAGAUCAAAUUAGACGUUGUUGGUCUAGGCAACUCUUAUCAGACUCAGCUAGCAUGGCCUGUGGUCAAGGAUUAUAGGAGUUGUAGUCUCACAAUAUCUGGAGGGCCACAGGUUCCCCAUCCUUGGUGUGGAGACUGUAUUUUUCAAUUUUAUCAUCUUCCAAAACAGUUUUUAAUUAAAAACUAAACAAAGAGAAAUAUCACAUUUAGCAUAUGAAAAUAUUUCCUGUUCAAGUGUCUGUGCCAUUACAACAGGUUUAAGUUCCCCAGUGGGACAAAAAUAAACCAAACAGAGAGAAUAAAAUUCCUUCACACGUACUCACUCAUUCCAAGCUUGCAACACAAGUUUUAUUUUAAACUGUGUAUGUAUGUAUGGGGAGAGCAGGGUUGGCCCCACUGGUAAGCAGAGUGAAGUAGCUGAUUUGGGGCAAUAUGAAAGGAAAAUUAAUUAUUAUUAUUAUUAUUAUUAUUAUUAUUAUUAUUAUUAUUAUUAUUAUUAUUAUUAUUAUUAUUAUUAUUAUUAUUAUGUAUUUACUCACAGUGAGAGUAACUUUUGGAAUUUUAUGCCUCAAGUGCCAAAAGUAACUUGGCCUGCCUUGGGUACUGUAUAUCUUGACUUGGGGCCUGGGUGUCAGGAGGGACAUUUCUGCCUCAGGCAGCAAAAUGUAUUGGACUACCUCGAUGGUACAUCAAAAUGUACUUCAAGGUACAAAUGGAGUGCAAAGAAGAGAAGGGAUUUUGGGGGGUGCCUGGUAAGAUCCCCCCCUUCUGCUUAAGCAUGUGCUUUUAGUUAUUUCCCUUCCCAUCUCAAAAGGAAGGUAACCUUUUUUUUGAGGUGAAUACUGUAAGGAAAUGUUUCAUUCUGGGCUCACUUAAAAUGAAUUCACCCCACCAGUUGAGGUGGCAAUUUACCAGGUAAUAUUCUUGCCUCCAUUAGAGGUAUGGAAUUCACCUGUGGUAGCCAGUUGACUAGACGUGUUAUCUUCUGCUAAAUCUGAUCAUGUAAAUUAGCUUUCUAUAAACCAUUUUGCAAUAGACAAUCUGUCCUUCCAUUUAGUCCAAUUCUCGUUUUCUUCACGUUCAUAUAUACUGGUCUGGCAUCCUUAACGUUGGUGUACCUGGAACAUAAAGGUUCAGAUUAGUUUUCUACCUCUCUUCCAAUUUAUUCUUCAGAUAAUGCUGCUUAGUUAAUUUGAAUCCUGUUGUCUUACAUUUUAGCCUUUCCUGGCCCUGGCUCGGGCACCUGCAGCAUGCCUGAAUUUCAACUGCAUGCUGAUCCUGCUUCCUGUCUGUCGAAAUCUGCUUUCCUUCCUCAGAGGCUCCAGUGCGGUAAGAUGGAGAAGUAUUUUCCAUUGCUAGUGAUAGUAAGCAACCUACAAAAUUGUGCUUGUUCAGUGCAACUUUUCUUACAAUGAAUGAAGUAUCUGUGAACAUAUUCACCUGAUCUGUUUCUGUGAUGAAAGUAUGAGAACAUUCAGUGUUGAUUCAUAUUUCUUUCUGUCCUUUUGACACAAAAUGCAGGAGAGCUUUCAAAAUAUGUUUGUUCCCUGUCAAGAAAAACUCCAGAUAUUACUGCUUUUAGACAGUUGGCUUCACACACUGACAGCCAGCCAGGACAGAACGGGGGCGGGGGGGGGCCUACAAUUUUGAGAAGACCUACUCUGUGUCCUCCUGGUUAGAGGCAAAGGGGAACCUUUUGGUAAAGAUUAUUGAAAUGGGACCUACAUUUCCCAUCUGCCCUGGGCCUAUUACGAGCUGUGCAUUGCCCUGCAGCCAGCAUGCACACAAAGGGAAGCUGCAAUCACACUUUGCUGGCAAGUGCACCAGCAUGUUAAACAUUAGCAGAAGGCAAAGAUGGGGUGGUGGCCCAAUCCUCACCUGACUUGCAGUAGAUUGCAUCACUCAACCUUACUGAGAAGCAGAAAAGGAGUGGUUGGUGCAGUGCAAAUCAGAGGUCAGAUGAGCCCCGCUGCCCCAGUGUGCCAUCCACUACUGAUAAUAAACUUUUGAAUUCACAAGUUAUGUUUUUGGAUGCAAAGUUGUUUUUUUUAAAAAAAACAACACAACUUAUAUUCAUACCUUUAAAUGUUAGUCUGUGAGAAUUCUCUGUCACAUUAUUUUGGAAUGCCAAGGGUGACCUUAAAGUCAGAAAUAUGAAACAGGUAAGAAAAAUACAUUGGACUGUUUUGAUUACAGUGCUUUCCAGAAGAGUGGUGUGCUUUGAUGGAUUCUUCUCUUUGGCAAAAGGAAUUCUCUGCCUGAUAAUUAGGCAGCAUUUGCCUGUAACUUGCACUGUAAUGUAAUAAGCACCCAGUAUCUCAUGGGAGUCCAGCCACUGUGGUUCUUAUAGGAGAUAGUAUUCCUGCCUCAUUACUCUUUAUCCCCCCCCCAAUUGUUUUGAUUACUUUUGAGCUUGUUAAAUCUAUCAUUAACCCAGGACUGACACACAUAAAUUAAGAAAUCAUAUAUAAGAAAGCAAACAUGCUCAGUUCAUCAACAAUGAUGUCUUCAUUACAAAAACAAAUAGUCAGAUCAGCUCAGCAAGAACAUGCUAGUUGUAUCAGCUACUGGUAAUGCAAGCUCCACUGCCCCCCAUAAUUGGGCUUCCUCAUUCACUUAAGUGGUGAUAUCAGCUCUGCAUACAGAGGAACACACUUAGCAAAUUUAGGAUCUGGCUACAAGAAAUUACUGGAUUGGAUCAAAUAUGUCCAUUCUUUAUAAGAUAGCAUAGCAAAGAAAGAGAUAGUCAUGCACUGUGUGUGCUUUUUUUUGUUUUAAGCCUUCAUUUUUCCAGCGUCAUCUUGAAUUCAAAAAGACACAGUAUGCAUUUAACUUAGCAGAGUUGCAUGGAAUCUGAUUCUUCUUAGUUUUAGCAAAGCAGCUUCUAAAUACCAUCGACCAAAGCAGCCAUAUUACUCAAUAUCUGUCCAAGCUAAAUCAGGGAACAAGAAACUUCCUUUACUGGCAGAACUAUGGGGAAAAUAGCUCUUUUUCAAAUUUGGGGGAUUAAUUUCACUUCUACUUUCACAAGUAACUUCUAAAUUUUCCAAUAAGAUUUUCUUUACUGAAUGAGACAAAAGCAGAAAUAAUGGCUACAUUAACAUCAAAUAUCCACCCUCUCAGAUUCUCAUUUGUUGCUCAGUCCUUACAAUGCAUGGGUUGACAAAUUGUGGCCAUUCAUUCAGCACCCUGUCUGUUUGUUUACUAGAUUCUGAUACCACCUUUCAACAAAAGGUUCUUGGUUGGUUUACAGAGAGAAAUACAAAAACCAUUACAUGCAAAACCAUAAGAUACAGUUCAGACAGUAAAACAACAAGGAAUCGGCUGAUAUAUAAAAUCAUAGAAUCAUAGAGUUGGAAGGGACCCAAGGAUCAUCUAGUCCAACCCCCUGCAAUGCAGGAAUCUCAAUGAAAGCAUCCAUGACAGAUGGCCAUCCAACCUCUGUUUAAAAACCUCCAAGGAAAGAGAGUCCACCACCUCUUGUGGGAGUCUGUUCCACUGCCGAAGAGCUCUUACCAUCAGAAAGUUUUUUCGAAUGUUUAGUCAGAAUCUCCUUUCUUGUAACUUGAAGCCAUUGGUUCGAGUCCUACCCUCCAGAGCAGGAGAAAACAAGCAUGCUCCCUAUUCCAUGUGAUAGCCCUUAAAAUAUUUGAAGAUGGCUGUCAUAUCUCCUCUCAGUCUCCUGAUAUAUGCAAAGUUAAUGGUAGUUAAAACUGUUUUCAAAGCCUGCGAGGGUCAAAAUGUAUUUGCCUGGCACUGUGAAGAGAAGAGAGGUACCUAGGCAGACUCUGUAGAGAGACAGUUCUAUCUUGGCUACAACUGAGAUAGUUUAUUCCUCAGCUGCCACCAGCCUCAGACCGGGAGGCAAGGAGCCCUGGAGGAUGGUCUUUGUCCAUCAGCAGGUUCAUAUGGGAGAAGGCACUCCUUUAAUGUAAGCAUGCACUUUAAAACAAUUAUCAGCUAUGGGUGAAAUAUCAGAUUGUUAUGUUUCCCAGCACGGGAUGAUUCUGCGUUGUGAUGAAAAUCCCCAUUGGAACUCUUUAGGGAAAAAAUAGUAUAUCAUCUAAUUCAAGACUGAAUAAUAGCGUAUAAAUAUAGGCUUUCAUUGUCUUACUUCAGUAUUUGAUUUUACAAAGAAUCUUCUUUUAAUUAAGAUAUAUGGUAUGAAUUGGUUACUUCACUCCCCCUGCCCCGCCAAGGUGGCAGAAUAAUUUAUUCUGAAAAGGUGGGAAUGUACUGCUUCUUCACUGUUUUUAUAGUAAAAUUUUGAGUCAGAGGACAUGGGAACACUUGCUGGCUUCUCUGGCUUGGUGAAUGCAUUUUUUUCUGAACCCCCAGCUUGGAAUCCAGAAUAAGCAAGCAUACUCUCUUGCAACAACUUCAUCUCCAUAUUACAUUGUUAACAUACCAAGCUGGUUUUUAGCCACUUUGUUGUUAUUAUUCUAGCAAGAAAUAGCUUUGUUUAUCAGAUUGUACGUUCACACUUCUUUCACCAAUGGGAUCUCUGCUGAAACUUGGUAAUAUGCAAAUAAAUGUAUGUAAUCAGUUAAAGGCAGGUAAACAAAUGGUUUGUAGCCUUUUCCCCCCAAUAAGCAUCUCAUCAGAAUUUUCCUGGCUUAGGUUAAUCUCUUCACACUUCCUCUUUUAAAUCGCUAGUGCUGCUCAGUACGUGUCAGAAGACAGUUGGACAGGAACCUCACAUUUCACAAGCUGGUGGCUUGGGCGAUUGCACUCCAUACCAGUAAGUGUUCUGAAACUGAAUUAGGAAGAAGCAUUGUUGGUUUUAGUGACUCCUAUGAGUGUAGCAUUUUGCAGGAAGGGUUCAGAAAGUGAAGGGUCAGAAGGUGAAGGAAGGUGUCAGUGGAAUCGUUUCUAGAAAAUAUUGGGGCUGGGAAGAAAGUAAGUGUUUUCUAAAUAAUAAGGACAUUUAUUUAUUAAGUGCUGCAAGUCACCAGAGCUUGAUUUAAACCUUUAAAAACAUAGGAAUCCUGACCCUCCAUAGCUAUUUCCAUCACAUUUAGAAAUACAAAAUGAAGGGGGGAGGGAGAGGGUAGGGACGUAGAUACAAGGCCACUAGGCCGUACUCUCACACUUACAGUUCAGCGGGUUCAGUACUUUAGCACUAAACUGAUAAAAUCAGUUCCCCUACCUUUGUCAUGUCAUAUUCCCUGCACAGUAAGUGCACUUGUUGACUCUGAAAGUUCUUAUUCUUACUUCCUUUCACUUCUGCCUAAGACAGACACCUGAAAAUCCCACUGAAUAUUAUUAAGUGCUGAGGUCUAAUUAAAACUGUUGCUGGCAGCUGUGGGGGGCAGCAGAUGUGGGGGGGGGAGGGGUAGAGCAGAAACAGUUUAAGAACCAAUGGCUGUAAUCACAUGUCUGUUUAUUCUGUUUUCAUAACUUCUCCCUGUUAAAUUCCACAUGAUGGACCAUCACAUGAUGUAAAAGCCACUUAUGGAACUAUUUUGAAAGAUAGUGCAAGUUUAGUGCUCAUUUCUGUGCUACUUUCUUCCAGGAAAAAAAAUCUUGUUUGCAAAUAGUAUGGAAAUGGGUGCUAAACUUGCUGGAAGUGGCUUUAUGGUUGUGCAAAAACUUAAAUAUAAUGUGGAAAUGCACAGUUAGGGAAACAUUGUGAAAACGGAAUAAACAGCCAUGUGAAUGCAACCUAAGAAUACCAAGGUUUGUCACUUGUACUUUUUCCAAAUCUAUGUUUCUGACUGAGAUGAGAGCAGAACUAAGGACUAAGUUAACACCAAAUAUUCUUAUUCUGCCGAAAUGGUCUUUGGGCUGUCCCUCAAUCCUUACAGCACAGGGUUUAACUAAUUAAUCUGUUGAAGGGCCACAGUCAGCAUCGCCAGCAGUCAGGGAUGGAGGAAUUAAAUUACAAACUCAUGGAGCGCAUCUACUUUGUGGACAAGAUAAAAGGCUGCACAUUUUCUACCUGCAGUAACUGAUAAGAGGAGAAAAUUCUUAAAAGAGAAUGCUGUGCCUUGUCAGAAUUUUGAGGGUUUUUUAUGCUUCCAUUCAUUUAAGUUUUGUAUAAGUUUAAUCAGAUUUGCAUGAAUUCUUUUCAUCUUCUCCCAUUUUACUUAAAAAAUUUCAUUUAAAAUAGGAGCAAUCUUUCCUUUUGAAAGGGGCAUGUCAUAACAUCUGUCAGGAAAAAUAGGUAUUUGACGUUUACUGUCUUGUGGUUUAUUUAGAUCUGAUUAAACUUCUGUUGAUGUCACCUUGUUUGUUUCAUAUUGCUAUAAAUUUACGUUUUGUGAUUGUCUGAUGGCCAGAUACAAACAAAUGAAUCUGAAUUGUAGCCCACAACAUGUGGAGAGCAGCACUUUGGCUACCCCUGUACCACAUUAUUCUAACACCUUUUGGAUAUGUCUUUAUGUUUUUAUUUUUAAGCAAUCCAUACAAUUGCACAUUUAUUUAAUGUUGAACGGUUGGUGGAUGCUCGCACUGAACAGCAAAGAACCCUUAAGACUGCGCUGUCUGAUUUGGGGGAUAUUCCUGGAGACUCUUACCUGAAUUUUGCACGAUCUAAAUUUGAGGUAAGCAAUCACAUUUCUAGAGAAACAAUUAAUUAGUGGUGGUUGCAGAGAGAUAACUUUUUUUUCCUUCUGCAACUACUUCUGUUCCAUUAUAAUGCUGUUUGCAUCAAAACAGACUUGGUCACCCUGAUUGAUGACCAUCAGGGGAAUGUGACCCUGUUGGUUCUCCUUGACCUCUUAGCAGCUUUUGAUACUGAGGACCAUGAUGUUCUUCUGGAACAACUCAAGGAAUGGGAGUUGGGUGUACUUUAUUACACUGGUUCUGCAGGGUUGCUACCAGAAAGUAGUACUAGGAGACCAUUGAUCAGCACCAUGGCUUGGGGACUGUGGGGUCCCACAAGGUUUCAUUCUGUCUCAUCUGCUAAUUACCAUCUAUAAUAUGAAAUCAUUGGGAGCUGUCAUCCAGGCAUUUUAAGCAAUGUCAUCAGUAUUUUGGUGGCACACUGCUGUAUCUUUCCUUUCCACUGGAAUCAUAGAAUUGUAGAGUUGGAAGGGAUCCAGAGGGUUUUCUAGUCCAACCCCCUUGCAAUGCAGGAAUCUCAAUUAAAGCAUCCUUGACAGAUGGCCAUCCAACCUCUGCUUUGAAACCUUCAAGGAAGGAGAGUCCACCACCUCUUGUUGGAGUCUGUUCCACUAUCAAACAGCUUUUACAGUCAGAAAUUUCUUUCCAAUGUUUAGUCAGAAUCUCCUUUAUUGUAACUUGAAUCCAUUGGGUUAUAGUCUCAGGUACAGGAGAAAAGAAGCUUGCUCCAUCUUCCAUGUGACAAGCCCUUUUCAUAUUUGAAGAUGGCUAUCAUAUCUUCUCUCAGUCAUCUCUUUACCAGUCUAAACAUACCCAAUUCCUUCAACCACUGCUCAUAAGGCUUGGUUUCCAGACCUCAGGAGAGUCUGUGAAGAUGCUGGACAAGUGUCUGGAAGCAGUGACAUAUGGGGGCAAUAACCUGGAACUGAAUCCUGAUAAGAUACAAGUGUUGUGGGCAUAUCUGGGAAUUAGAUGUCUGUUCUGCACCUCCCUGAAGGAACAGUUUGGAAUCUGGGAGUAAUCCUGGAUUCUAACUUGUCACUUGUCAGUUUCAAGUGCCUUCAGUGGCUAGGGAGUGCUUAUGCUAAGCUUAGGCUGGGUCUCUAGCUAUGGCUGUCGCCGGAUAGCCUGGCCUCAGGUAUCCGUACUCUAGUGACCUCCUUGCUUGGACUAUGGUAAUGCACGCUACAUGGGGCUGCCCUUGAAGACUUUAUGGGGGCUACAGCUAGUCCAGAAUGCAGCUCCUAGGUCAGUAAGUUGGGCAGCUCAAUAGGAACAUGUGUCACUGGUUCUGAAAACACCACACUAGUUGCCAGUGCACUGGGGCAAAUUCAAGGUGUUAGCAUAUAAAGUCCUAAAUAGCAUGAGACCCAAGUAGCUAAGAGAGUGCCUCCACUGAUAUCAGCCAUCUUGGGCCCUACAGUUAGAAGGUGGGGCCUUGUUGAUGGUACUGCCUCCAAGGGCUCCCCACACAGCACUGACAAAUGACAAGGACUUUUCAGUGGUGGCUCCCCAUUUGUGGAAUGCCCUCCCUGGUAAAGUGCAUCUGUCACCAACAUUAUUAACUUUCAGGAGGAAUUUGAAAACAUUCCUGUUUGCCUAGGCAUCCCUGAGAUUACUGGAUGAAAGAAUGUUUUAAAGUGUACCCAUUUUCAGAUAUCUUAACUGUAGCUUUUUAGAAUACUUUUUAUUUUAAACGAUUGUGGAUAUGUUUGCUGCUCUGCACUCCUUUGGGAGGAACAGCAGGAAAUAUAUGUAAUAAAUAAGUAUAAUCAAUUGUUUUUCAUGUAGAGCUUUAUUCCCUCAGCUGUCUUGAAGAAAGAGAUGCUGCACAAUUCAGUGGUGAAAUAUUUGCUUACGUUCCCAUACUUUUCUGUUCACAGAGCCCUGGGGGUUGUCUCUAUGUAGCAUUCACAACCCUGGCCGGCCUCACUGGUGUUAUCAUUACACUGUGUCUAAUCUUAAUUAUCACAUCAUCUACUAAAACCAUUCGAAGGUCAUACUUUGAAGUAUUUUGGUUCACCCAUCAUCUGUUCAUUUUCUUUUUUGCUGGUCUCGUCAUCCAUGGAGUUGGGUAAGUAUCUACCGGUAUUUAUUUUGAUACUCCACUAAAUAACUAGAUGGAGAUGGAGUCAGAGUACCUUUAUUAGGACUAGCUAAAGAUCGCAGAACAAUGAAUUUGUUCUCCGGAUUCAGUCAGAGAACUCUUCUUGCAGCUAAAUGUUAACAACCAGAUAUAGGAACCAACUCCUAGGGGCUAAGGUCCCUUCAGUCUCUUCUACAAAAUAUUUGAGGAGGGCAUCCCCCCCCCAAGCUGAUGGGCAUUGCCAUUCAAAUAGGGUGGUGUGCUGUGUCUUUUGAUUGAUUAUGCAGGUGGGGUUUACUUGGGCCCCCCAAUAUUUUAUUCAAGUUGGCAGAUAAGGAGGAUGAUCAGUGCACUUACUGAGCUGAAAUGAAGCAAAAGCUUUCAUUGACAACUGUCCAGUUCAUCAGACAUAUACACAUGGUUGCAGGAGAUCAGAAGGAAAUGAAAUGCAGAAAGCACACAUAAUGAUCUUUAUUCUGCUACUAACAGUGGCAAUUCACAGGCACACAAAAAACAGUCAUUGAAAUUCUGAUACAAGUUAGACAAUGCAUGUAGAAAGAUUAUUUGCCUUGACUUAAUCCACAAAUGAUAGAAGCCCUCUGAAGUUUCUUUGUUCAGGAUGCAGUGUCCUGGGAGGUGGAAAUGUUCCCACUGCUGGUUUUUUGAUAUUGCCAUUUCUGAUUUCAGAUUUGGGUCAAUUUAUUCUUUUGCAUAGAGAAUGACCUGUUUGUCCUAUGUAGAAUGCAGAAGAGCAUUAUUGGCAGAUAAUGGCAUAUAUGACAUUGGGAGAUGAGCAAGCAAAUGAACCUCUUAACUUGUGGGGGACAUUAUUAUGUCCUGUAAUAGUGUUGCCAGAGUAGACUUGGGGAUAUCAUUAUAGGGCAGCAUUAUUAUUAUUAUUAUUAUUAUUAUUACUAUUAUUUUCCCUCACCCUUCAUCAAAGGGUUCCAGGAUGGGUUACAGCAGUUCAAAAAUUCAAUAUUAUAAAGAAAUCAAAACAUAUUAUGAUCAUAGGAACCUGAAAAACACCUGCCUCAGGUAUCAAAGGCCAGGGUGGAAGGGGAAUCUAAUAAUGUCAUCCACAACCUCAGAGGUCCAUUCAUUUGCUCAUCUUUCAGUGUUGAUAUAUUCCAUCGUCAACUACCAAUGAACUUCUGCAGUCUAUAUUCUUCAUCAAUCAAAGAAUGCAUCCACACUGCAGAUGAUUUGAACUAGGAUUUGUGUCUCAGAAUUAACCUUCCUAAAAUUACACAUUACAAAAAGCAGAACAUACAUGCUAUGCCUACAAAAUAAAACUGAAUAUAUUUUAUCUUAUGAUAUGAAAGUAAUUACUUUUAAUUUUGGUUAUUAUCCAUUAUCAACAUUGCUCAUGUUGAUUUUUGCUGUUGUUCCCAGAAAAAUUGUACGUAAACAGACUCCAGAUAGUUUGAGUGUCCAUGAUCCAGAUACCUGUGCCAAGAAUUACACCCUCUGGGGGGAAAUACCUUCAUGUCCUAAACCACAGUUUUCUGGAAAUCCUCCUAUGGUAUGAUCUGUUGUUUGCUUGCUUGCUUGCUUGCUUGCUUGCUUGUUUUAAAAAUCUAGGCACUGAGACCAUUGAAGAUCUUAAUGGGAAUGUUUAGCAGUCAGAUUACCACCAGAUAGGGCAAGAGUAAUGUCAAUAGCUCAGGGCCCAGCCAGGUCAAGAAUUAGUAAUUCUCACACAUUCAGUAAAUUUGUAUGUAUUUACUGAUGAAAAGGAAAGAUAUAAUAGAUGUGCACUUUCAAGAGUAACUCUAAACAUUAAGUGAACAGUAAGAACUCUCUUGGUUGGCGGUUCGAAUCCCCGCGAUGGGGUGAGCUCCCAUUGCUCGGUCCCUGCUCCUGCCCACCUAGCAGUUCGAAAGCACGUCAAAGUGCAAGUAGAUAAAUAGGUGCCGCUCCGGCAGGAAGGUAAACAGCGUUUUUGUGUGCUGUUCUGGUUCGCCAGAAGUGGCUUAGUCAUGUUGGCCACAUGACCUGGAAGCUGUACGCCGGCUCCCUCGACCAAUAAAGCGAGAUGAGCGCCGCAACCCCAGAGUCGGCCACGACUGGACCUAAUGGUCAGGGGUCCCUUUACCUUUAAGAACUCUCUUAAAAGGAAUAGAUUUUAGAAAUCAGCCCAUUGUGAGCAAAGUAACUUUCUAAAGAGACAAAGCACUUGCAGAAGUUCUUAUGAACAUUGGCUGUGGUGCAAUGAGCCCUCCGAGUUAAUUGCUGAAACCAGUUCCUGCAUGCAUAAUGCAACCUUAUAUGUAUUUAACAGAAUUUCAUACAUUCCUUCCUGUCCUUGCUUCCUUCAUUCUUCCUGUUCUGUUGACAGACUUGGAAAUGGGUAAUAGGCCCCAUGAUUCUAUACGUCUUUGAACGGUUGGUACGGUUUUGGCGAUCCCAACAAAAAGUUGUUAUCACAAAGGUAAGAGUGAUAUAAAUCAGCUUGCAUGUUUCACUUCACUUAAAGCGUUAUUCAUCCUGGAGUUACCAUAGAGUAAGUCCAGGAUGAUAGGAAUGUCACCUAAAGUUGAUAGGAAUGUUUCCUAAAUUUCAGAAUUUGUUAUCUGCAUUUAUGCAGUCAAUAUCUGUAGAAAAAAGAACCAUUGCUCUAUUAUAGUUUUCAUUAAAAUGUACAUUAAAUUUACAUGAAAGUUACAGUCCUGGUGAGAGACUAGUCCCUCUAAGUGUCCCUAUUUUCCAGUGACAGUCCUGGAUUUACAGAACACAUCCCAUUUUCUGACUUGAUCCUGGAAUGUCCAGUUUUUCCUUAGGACAUCCCUAUUUUUAUCAAAGAAAUGUUCGAGGGUAUGGGCCUAUUGACUAACAGGAUUAUGGCAUCACAAAUUAGUUUCCUUAGCUAUUUCUUUAAAAGUUAGCACGUAUCAAAAAACGCAGAAAGGAAACCCCAGCAGAAUGGCUGCAGUUUGAUCAGUAAUCACUGGGAAAUCUAUACUGUGAUGUCAACAGUGCUGUCAGCUAAUGGAGGGCAUUUUCAGUCUCCACUGUUUCCAGGCAAGCCUUAAAGUAAAUUCCAUUGAAAACUAUAGUAGAGCAAUUAUUUUUGUUCCUCUACUUCCCAAGUAUUUAAGUCAAUGCAAUGAUAGAAUAAUUAUAUUAAAAAAUUAAUAUAUAUAGAUAUUGCUGAGUAUUGCCUGCAGUGCAGUAUUUUAUUGUUGAUGCUGUUUUAAUUGUUAAUGCUGUUGGCUGCAUUUUUCUAUUUCUUGUCAGCUGUCCUGAACUCCUAUGGGAGAAAGGGUAGGCAUGAAAAAUAAAUAGUUGGGACCAAAGGCACUUCCAGACUUUUGCUAUUUCGUGGGUGGGGUUUUUUUGCAUACUGGCAAAUGUGGGUUCUUUAACUAGAGAAGAUUUGCACAGCAACAAAAACCCCUGGCCUUUCUGCAUUUAGAAAUAUGCUUGAGAGGAUGUCAUAUAGCCAACCUGCAAAUAAAUCAGAAUGAAUUUCAAACAUGCAGCUGACACCUGGACACAACCUGAUACUAAUAUCUGAAAGAAGAAAAAAUCCCUGUUUAUCCUCUGGAGAAAAUGAAUCCCAUCUUGGGGGAAGGGCCGUAGGUCAGUGGGAAACCAUCUGCUUUGCAUGCCGGAGGUCCCGGGUUCAUUGCCUGGUAGGGCUGGGAAGCUCCCCGUCUGAGACCCUGGAGAGCUACUACAGGUCAAUGCACAUCAUACAGUCUGAGGGAGCCUGCUAUGUUCCAAUGCUGGAAAAAUACAAAAUGUUACAAACCAUCGAUAUAACUUACUUAUAAAUUAUUUACUAUAUCUAAAACUCUACAGUUAAUCAUAUAUGUAGCGCAAGACUUGGAAAGUGUUUGUCUUAAAUUCUUCAUUCAGAUAAUUAUUUUUAGAGAGUAAAUGGGCUUAGGAUUUUGCGACCAUUUUUCACAAUUCCUUCGGCCAACCCAUCCUGAUUACCUAAUGCAAGCUCAGACCAUCCCAUCCUUCCGGUGUUCUGAGAGCUUUACUUCCUGCCUCCUAGGUUGUCACGCAUCCUUUCCAAACCUAUGAGCUCCAGAUGAAGAAGAAGGGCUUCAAGAUGGAAGUUGGGCAGUACAUUUUUGUCCAAUGUCCUGCAGUGUCCAUGCUGGAGUGGCACCCUUUCACAUUGACUUCUGCCCCCGAAGAGGAUUACUUCAGCAUCCACAUACGUGUCGUUGGGGACUGGACAGAACGCUUGUUUCAAGUCUGUGGAUGUGACAAGCAAGAAUUCCAGGAUGCUUGGAAACUGCCCAAGUAUGUGCAGAAUAAACAUUCUAUGAAAAUGUUAGCAACACUCUAUGUAGAUCGGCUCAAGCUGCUGAUGUGCUGCAAGUAGUGGCAUCACCUUCACUAUAGGGAAUAGCCAGUGUGUGCUUGUGCUGGCCCAUGAAGCUUCUAGGGGCACAAAAGGUCCACAGGAUGCAACACAAUGGGGUGGAAGGGGAUCUUGCAUCAUUCCUACCAGCUGCCCACCAUUGUCAGUAUGGCAUAAUCACCCUCACGUGGCUCAGUUACACUGUAAAAGGUCAGUUAGUCCUAGUGCUGAGGUUGAGGCCUCCGACUGACUCAGGGAAUGAGCACAACAAUGCCCUUGUUCUUACACCAGAUUUUAUAACCUGCCAGCACAGAAACCAAGUAGAGAGAGCUAUCAGUUGCUAGGCUUAGUGGUCUGUUAACCUUAGAUCCGCACACCACAGUCACUUUUGGUCUUUGCCUGUUCAUAAAAACCAGUUUUCUAAAAAGGCACUGUUACAAGAUGGGUUCACUCUGGCAUAAGUGUACAUGCAACCUACUCCUGUGCAUGCCUUGGACUAUUUUUGUAGCUGCUCUAACUCCUAGUUCAUAGGCUACUCCCUGUCUCAGGAUUCAUGGGCCAGGACUACCAAAUGGAACUAGUCCCUGAACAGUGCCACUGCAAGAUUGGCUUGACUCUGACCUGUGCAACCAUUGGAUCAUUAGAGUAUGCAUGGGCCAGUCCCAGUUGCUGUUGUUAACUGUGUUCUCACUGUUCUAGGAUAGCUGUCGAUGGCCCCUUUGGCACUGCCAGUGAAGAUGUAUUCAGUUAUGAAACCGUGGUGUUGGUUGGAGCUGGCAUUGGGGUCACCCCUUUUGCAUCAGUCCUCAAGUCUGUGUGGUACAAAUACUGCAAUGAUGCCUUAAACCUAAAGCUCAAAAAGGUUUGUUCCUGACAUAUACCAAAGCAUGUGACACUUGUUUCCUAGUGCUGAAAAGUGCGUGGAAACAGAGAUUGGGAAGUAUAUAAAGACAAGUAUUGAUUCAGAUCUUUAUGUGUGAAAACAGUGCUAUGAAACACUAUAAAUUAUUAGUUUUAUGUCCGUAUAAACAAAUCUGGCCCCUUUCCCAUUCUUAAGUCCAUUCUUAAGUCCACUCCUGCAUCAGCUUGCUUCUUUUUUUCAGUCUCAUAAAAAAUUAUCAGCAUUUUGGUGCACUUUUCUCCUAAUAUGCACAUUUUUGUAUGUACUUUUGCCCAAUGUAUACUUUUUUGCAAGCAACUUUCGCUAAAAUUAUGCAUUUUCUGUUUUUACGAAUUCAUACAUAUUUAUAAUACUUUCCCCAAAUAUACAUAUUUUUGGAUACAUUAUUUGGCUGGAGGUAUGGCAUUGCAAAAUUCAAAGACAAGUGACUUUCAAAGGACAGGUGCAUUUCAGCUCACGUAUGUUUUAGGUGAAUUUGCAUUAAAGUAUGACGCUCAACCCUCUCCCUACUGUUAGUUCAUGUAGAUGCACUUUCACUUCUACAUCCAAGCAUGGAGAACUAACAGCAGAGAUUCAGCAGCAUCUCUACCCCAGUCCCAAUCCACAGUGGGUCCCUCUUUAUAUGCACACAGUGACAUCCUCUAUCAUUUUAAAUCUAAUCUCUGCAAUUGCAAGAUCUAUUGGCGCAUGCAACCAGAGUGCUGUUUUGGGAUGAGUAUCAACAUGUUUAUUUUUAAAAUGUGUGCAUACCACGUACAUUCAAAAAUAAUCAGUGUACAAAAAAUUAAAACAUGCCCCAUACAAAUGACAGUAAAUAAAUGUCAUAAUAUCAAUAAAGUAACAGAAAUAUGGCUGGCUACUUCCUACACUGACCAAUAAUAAAUGUUGCUGGUAUAUAAAUGCCUUGGGAGGCAUUUAUAAAGAAGAGGAUCUUAACAUGGGUCAAAAACCUAGGAUCAGAGUUGCAUAUCUGUUAUCAAAUACUUCAGCUCAUAGAAUGACAGCCCCAAAUUCAACUUUAACAACUAUUGCAGUUCCCAUUUGUCUUUUUCAUAAAGCAAUAGAAUUGCUUAGCUAGGGAUAAUUCCAGAAAAACUUAUGGUGGCAAAGACCAUUCUUAGUUGAGCAAGCAUUUAAUUUACUAUGACUGAAAGCUACAAGAGCAGCACAAAAUAUUUUGAAGAAUGCCUACUACCCCUUGCUACCCAUUGGAGUCAAGUCUGAGUUUUGUCCUCACCUUGCCUGAAGGUUAUCCUUCAUGCUGCAGAAGAGAGGACGUCUACUCAUCACUUGCACAUGAAAUCAGUUCAUUUUGAAGGACUUCCUCAACUUCUUCCUAGACAAUAAAGGUGGUCACUAUUGUAGCCUUACAAUAAUACUUUACUGCUGACCAAUGUGGUCAUCAGAGGUAAUCCAGAGAAUUACAUUUAUGUCUUCGGGAUUUUGGAGCAGGGGAAAAGGAAGAGAAUGAACUUGCCUAAUUAAACACAUAAUCUAAUAUGCUAACCAGUUCCAUCUUGCCCCUUCCAGAUUUAUUUUUACUGGCUCUGCAGGGACACUCAUGCCUUUGAAUGGUUUGCUGACCUCUUGCAAUCAGUGGAGACUCAACUGCAGGAGAAGAAUAAUCCAGACUUUCUCAGCUACAACAUUUAUCUGACUGGCUGGGAUGAAUUUCAGGUAACUUGCUGCUGUCGUCCUUUCCAAGCAGUUAGAUUCUUGGGAAGACAAUGUAGUUACAGCAGUCCUUCUGCCCACACCCACCCCAAAGUAAAAACCCCAUGGACACACUUCUGCAAACUUUAUUCUCACAGUGAUGUCAGAUCUAACUCCACUUUUACUGGCUGCCACAUGCUGGAUUCUAGUUAUGAGAUGCCACCACAAAUAUUUGAAGGGGGCAUUUGCAAUGGCGCACCAAAAGCAGAAUCGUGUAUGGAAUGGUCAUGUGGCCUGCUUGCCCAUUUGACUGGGAACCAAAAUUAACUGCCUUUUCCUAACAUUCAUUUGUGGCACCAAUGGGAUUUCUUCCCCAUCCCAUUAGUAAUUGCAGCAUGGGGUGAUUUUGUUGCAAUCUCAGGUGUGUAAUCACAGCUCUCUAUAUGCGGCCCCAAUAAAAAUAGGGGUGGGUACACUCAAUAUUAAACAAAAAGCAAAAGCAAAAAGAAAGUCAUAUAAUGAGCCAGGACACAGUUAACAUGACAUGCAGUUAGUUCCUGAAAAAGAGCUGUCUGAUGGUAAUUGAAGGAAUAAAUGCAUGGGUCAGAUUCAAGCACCCCAUUCCACUAGCAGGAAAUAGUGCAAGGACUCCCAGUAGAGAUUUGGGGUUUUCCAGCCUCUCCCCAUUGCAUGUGCUUCCACAUCUCCCUGAAAUCUGCUCUGGAGGGUUGCCUGAUGGAACAAUCUCCUUAGUGCUACAUUGAAUUCCACUCAAAGUGUAUGGUUGGAAAUGCAAAAUAUUGCAAGUCAUAAUAGGGCCCCCCUCACUCAGUUAUUCCAAUUUCAUAUUAGUUCAUCUGCUAGAGCUGUGUUGUUCCACUGUUGAACUUCACUCUGCUAUUUUAGGAGUAUGGGGUGGUGGUGUCUGUCUCUGUUUCUGUCUCUAUCUUUUAUCAGUCUGUAUCUCUCUCUCUCUCUCUCUCUCUCUCACACACACACACACACACACAUGCUAUUACCCUCUGGACCCUACAACUAUCUAAUAAGGACAUUCUUUGCCUUCCUUUUUCCAGGCUGCUCAUUUCAUGGUACAUCAUGAUGAAGAGAAAGAUGUGAUCACAGGCUUGAAACAGAAAACCUUAUAUGGGAGACCAAAUUGGGAGAAUGAGUUCAAAACAAUUGCAAGUCAGCAUCCAAGGUAAAUUUGUUCCUUAGUGCCUGCAGAAUAUGGCCUCACUUUUGCUGCUAUACUUUAUCUGAUAAUUUCUCUUGCUAUCAGUUCCAGGGUUGGCGUUUUUCUGUGUGGACCUGAAGCCUUGGCUGACACCUUAAAUAAGAUGUGUAUUAGCAAUUCGGAAGCUGACCCACGAGGAAUACAUUUCAUAUUCAACAAAGAGAACUUUUGAACACACUCAAAUGUUUGUUUGUUUCCAACGAAAAGCUACAUCUUAUCCUUUGUAUUUGGGCACUAUGUAUCUUAAUUUUGCUACAUUGAGCUCUUGUCUCUCUGGAAUUUUUCCAAAAGUUCCACAUCUGCUUGCCUUGGCUUUUGCAUUCUGUAUAAUUUGACAGAAACCAAAUAUUGCAUAUUAGACUGCCUUAGGUUAUAAUCCUAUACACACUUAUCUGAAAGUCAGCUCCAGUUAACUUAAUGGGACUUUGUAAUGAGUAGGCAUUCAUAGGACUGCAUUGCAGGUUUUUAUAUUUCUGUUCUCAUUUAUUUUAUAUAAAUAAGAUUGAAUUGCAAAGAACUAGAACAUUUUAAGUAUUUGUCACGGUUAUGUUUUAAACUUCAUAAAGGUGCUCCUCAGGUCCUAGUUUCAAGAGACAUUCUACUUUUGUUUUUAUUAUUUAACCAUCACCCUUAAUCAUUAAAAUGGAGGCAUGAUGUGGUGUCUAGUGUCAAACAUAUUGCUCAACUGAGACAUUGCAUAUUUUUGAAAGUGGCAAGAGUUCCACUUGACUGAAGUUUAUUUUUGGCAAGCCACAUAAAUAAACAUUCCUGCAACUUCCUUCUGUCUCUUAGCCUUCUGAUUCAAUGUGAACAAAUUUAAAUGAAAAUAAACAUUACGUUU